GGUGGUGCUGCUGCUGCAAGCUGCUGGUGUUGCCGUGACGAUGAUAUCCUCCCCCUCCCACACACACACACACACUAAGAGGACAGGCAGCAAACAAGACGCUCUCGUGACGCGAUGGCUUCAGGCUGGAGAACAGACAGCAGUGAUCGGCUGCGUCUGAGGAAAUCAUGGACACAGUGUGAACUACCCACAGCUUGAACCCUAUGUGAAUCAAAUUAACACCAUAGUUCACUGCUUUUCACCCAAUAAGACCUAAAGAGGAUUGACUACUUUCAUUCACUUGGUUUAUGUGCUUGAAGAAACAACACAUGGAAGCAGAAAGAUGUUUUAAAUGGGAUAUGUACCUAAAUGUGGACACCUGGACACUCUUUCCCCCCAUAGUGGAAUAACCUAUGCCAAGUUUCAUUGACUACAAGCUCACAAGCCUGGAUUACUGUGCCCUAAAAUUACAGAAAAACCAAACCUGCAUCUGGAUUUCUGGCAUUCUUCUUUGCGUGUGAAAUGUUGAUGUGCUUUUCCAGAGAUCUAGCAUCCGCCAAGAGUUAUCACAAGGAGUUCAUAUGAACAUUUGAUCCUUUUUAUGUUGAAUACACAAUGGAAUAAAAGGGUGAGACAAGGAGCUUACAAAGACAAACAGUACAAAAAUACAUCUGGAACCUUGUAUCCAAACAUAAAGCCCCUUCCCCUGGCUGCAGAGUGGAAAAAGGGGUGUGUUUGGAGGUUUACCCUCACCAGGCUGCCACUUGCAGAUGGAGGCCCACCAACACUCCCCAGAUAGCAGCAGUGAGGAGUGCACCGUCCUGGAGGCUCCACCUGGCAAAAACGCCUGCCCACAACAUGCAGGGAAGGUUGCUGACUUGUACUGCUCUGCCUGCAAGUGCGCUCUGUGUGAGGACUGUCUUCCCAACCAUGCAGAACACCCUAAGGUGGCCCUCAGCCAGGCCCUCGAGCAGCACCGCAACAACCUGCAGGAAAGACUGGGCACUGUUCAGGACAGACUCCCUCAGAUUUCAGAUGUACUGUCCUUUGUUAAAGAGAUCCACCAGCAGCUGACCAAUCAGAGGGCUUCCAUUGAAGAGGACAUUCAAUCGAGCUUCGAGGACUUACACAAGCAGCUGGAUGUUCGAAAGAGUGUACUGCUGAUGGAGCUGGAAGUUACAUACGGACUCAAACAGAAGGUUCUCCAAGCCCAGAUAGACAGCCUUCUACGGGGAGAGGGGGACAUCACAGCCACCUGUACCCAGGCAGAGGAGGCUCUGGCUGGAGAUCCCUGUGUGGCGAGCCUGCAGUUGGAGCGAGAGCUGUGGGAGAGGCUGGGUGAGCUUGCUGGUCUUGGUUUGCCAUGCCAGCCGGAAGAGAACGACCAGCUGGAUCUGGUGAUGGAGACAGAUGGGUUAAGGAAGUCCAUACACAACCUGGGGACUAUUGUUACAACCAGUGCGGUGGCAAGCCAGAGCGAAGCCAUGGGUGCAGGUCUUGAGCAAUGCAUUGUUGGGCAUCCUGCCUCUGUUACCAUUGUAACAAGAGACAAGUCAGGGGGAGCCUGCAAGAGUGGAAAUGCGAUCCUCUCUGCUGAGGUAUUCACACCAGACGGCAGCAUAGUAGAUGGUGAGAUAGUGGACCACAAGAACGGGACAUAUGAAUUUGUGUACACGGUGCCAAAGGAGGGUGACUUCUCACUGGCUCUCCGUUUGUACGACCAGCACAUCAAAGGAAGUCCCUUCAAACUGACUGUCACCAAGACUCUAGAGGCUGAACUAGACGUUUCUCCUUCUACAACAACGGCAACCAACUCAGCAGCCAAUGCCACGCCAUCGACUGGCUCAUCUGAAGGAGCAAAGAGACGAGGAAAGUCACCUGGUCAGAAGAAGAAAGGCUCAAAGAGGGCCAGCAGUGCCCUUGGUACCCCACGGCCUAGUCAAGUAGUUUUGCCUAAACCUAAGAGGUUGUUAAUCCUCUUCCCAUCAAAUGAAACUUGCAUCCAAGUUUCUCCCUCUACAACAACGGCAACCAACUCAGCAGCCAAUGCCACGCCAUCCACUGGCUCAUCUGAAGGAGCAAAGAGACGAGGAAAGUCACCUGGUCAGAAGAAGAAAGGCUCAAAGAGGGCCAGCAGUGCCCUUGGUACCCCACGGCGCAAAACUCAGAACCCCAUUGAGGACGACCUCAUUUUUAGGAUCGGAACAAAGGGAAGGAAUAAAGGAGAGUUCACCAAUCUUCAAGGAGUAGCUGCCUCUUCCAAUGGUAGGAUACUGAUCGCUGACAGCAACAAUCAGUGUGUCCAGAUUUUCAGCAAUGAGGGAGAAUUUAAGAGUCGUUUUGGAGUGCGGGGACGAUCGCCAGGUCAGCUACAGCGUCCGACUGGUCCACACUUUGCAGCAGUGAACAAAAACAAUGAAAUCAUUGUGACAGACUUCCAUAACCACUCUGUUAAGGUUUUCACGCUUGAAGGAGAGCUUGUACUGAAAUUUGGUUCAAAUGGGGAAGGAAACGGCCAGUUCAAUGCUCCCACUGGUGUAGCGGUGGAUAUUAAUGGGAACAUCAUUGUAGCUGACUGGGGCAAUAGCAGAAUACAGGUGUUUGAUGGCAGUGGCUCCUUCCUGUCCUAUAUCAACACAUCAGCAGACCCUCUUUACGGACCCCAAGGUCUGGCUCUGACUUCAGACGGACACGUUGUAGUGGCUGACUCUGGCAAUCAUUGCUUUAAAGUCUACCGCUACCUACAAUGAUGGAGGCUUGGAUGAUGAUGGGGGAUGGUGACGUGAACGCGAUAGACAAGUUGAGGUUUAAAUGAAGCGAUAGAGUGAGCACUGUCAAAUAAUAUGAAUUACUGCAUGAGCCUCUAACUGCUCCCUGUGAAUGUUGAAAAUG